AUGAACAGGUUCUUCAUCUGUGGGGAAUUGUAUCAUAGUUACGAUACUUUUUCAAUAUAUAAAUAUUUAAGCCUAGGAAAAACAAUUGUAUAUGUAACGAACGUUACACCUGAAAAUUUACGAAAAUGUUUAAAUGAAUAUAAGAUCGAUAUGGCUAUGCUAUUACCAAUCCUUAUUUAUGGUUUGUGUGACUUACAAGACGCAGACGUUCUUUCGGAAUAUUUGAAAAUUAUUUAUAGCGUAUCAGCACCUCUGCAUUAUAAAACAAUCGAGCAUGUCAAGAAAAGAUUCCCAAAUCUCAAAGAAAUAAUUCAAGGUUAUGGCAUGUCAGAAUGCGGAGAUAUAACAUCUGAAAAUUGGGGUACAAAAGGACCAAAAGUUGGCAGCGUUGGUAUGGCUUCACCUGGCAUUGUUUUGAAAGUUACAGAUACCAAUACUGGCAGAACGCUUGGCCCAAAUGAAAGGGGUGAAAUACGCGUCAAAGGUCUCGUACUUAUGAAAGGCUACAUCGGAAUCGACCCUUCCACGUACUUGGACGAGGAUGGCUUCCUCAAAACUGGCGAUUUGGGAUACUACGACGAUGAUAAAUACGUUUAUAUUGUUGAUAGGAUAAAAGAAAUACUGUUUUAUAACAGUUACCAGGUUUCACCAUUAGAAUUGGAAACAAUACUACAGAUGCACCCAGAUGUACUCGAAGCAGGUGUGGUUGGCAUACAUAGUGAGGUACAUGGCGAUAAACCUACAGCCCUGGUCGUAAAAGUACCUGGUUCUAAAGUCACUGAGCAGGAAUUAAUCAAGUAUAUAGGUGCUGAGGUACCUCCGUUUAUUCAUCUUGCGGGUGGCGUGAAAUUCGUCACGAAAUUGCCAAGAAAUUCCUGGGGUAAAAUACUUCGCCGUGAGUUAAGAGAACUCUAA